AUGUCUCUGGGAAUGUCUUACAAGCCCAAUGCCCACCAGCACACUCCGGGAACUUCUGGGAACCAGGUUGGUAGCCUCCAGUCAGCAGCCAACCUUGCCCAUCUGCAGUCCUACAGGCCUCUGCUGAGCGACUACGGACCCCCGUCUCUGGGAUUCUCUCAGGGCUUGACAGGUAGCCAAGUGCCUCCGAACAAAUACGCAGAGCUGCUGGCCAUCAUCGAGGAACUGGGGAAGGAGAUCCGACCUACGUACGCCGGUAGCAAGAGUGCCAUGGAGAGGCUCAAGAGAGGCAUCAUCCACGCCCGCGGACUGGUACGAGAGUGCUUGGCGGAGACCGAGAGGAACGCAAGAUCCUAG